AUGUCAUCUAAAGCUGCUUCAUUCGUGGAAGCGAUCGCUUCUCGCCGUACAAUUUAUUCUCUAAAGCCCGUCUUACCGGAGAAGGUCGAAUUGAAGGAGGUUCAACAAAUAGUGCAAGAUAUUAUCAAACACACCCCCACAUGCUUCAACUCGCAGGGAAACCGCGCAUUAGCUUUAUCUGGCGAAAGCCACAAGCGCGUUUGGGACCAUGUGUACCAAACUCUUCCGCUAGAGAAAUUCAAAGCCAAACCACUUGCCGCAAGAGACGAUGCGGUUGGAACCGUCGUAUUCCUCGUGAAAGACUCCAAGACCAAGGAAUUGCAGGAAAGGUUUCCUAUCCGAGCAGACAUUUUCCCAGAGUUGAUUGCUCAUUCGUCGGGAUCGGCCCAAUUGUCAACUUGGACUGCUCUCGAACUACUGGGGUUUGGGGCUAAUCUGCAACACUUCAACGACUUGAUCCUGCAAGCACUCCCCAAGGACGUCAUAGAGGAUGACUGGUCCGUUCAAGGCCAGCUAGUUUUCGGUCUGCCUGCAGCAGCUGCUGGAGAAAAGGCUUUUGACGAAAAUGAAGUGCCACUACUUGUAUAG